CUCCUUUCGCCUUCCCUCCAGCCUGCAGCGUCUGUCUCCAGGAUUUCGCUCUUCCUAUUCCAGCAGGACUCUCACGGGCUCCCUCAGCCUGUGCGAAGCUGAGGUUUCCCCUGGAUCUCGUAUAUCCCCAACACAUACCUCCACGCACACCCACAUCCCCCAGCGCCCCGCGCUCGCCCCGCCACACACGCGCGCACCCCCGCGCGCCCCAGCCGGUCCCUCUCCCCCGGGGCGAGCCGGCGCGCGUCCCCAGCGCCGCGGCACCCUCCCCGGCCGGCUCGCCGCGCCCCAGGAUCCUGCGGCUCGGAGCUCGGAUCGCAGCGCUGCACCCCCAUGGUGUUUUUUACAAACAUUUCUUAGCCUUCUCUGUCUUUUUUUUUUGCCUGCACCGUUUUCGAUCUGGGGGGCUAGAGGCGCAAGGCGGCUGCUUUCCCAGCCAGCCCUGGUUGGCUUGCCAUCCUCCAUCUGGCUUAUAAAAGUUUGCUGAGCGCAGUCCAGAGGGCUGCGCUGCUCGUCCCCUCGGCUGGCGGAAGGGGGUGACGCUGGGCAGCGGCGAGGAGCGCGCCGCGGGCUCUGGCGGGCUUUCGGCUCGAGGGGCCAGGUGAAGAGCGCACGGGCCCGGGGCUGCGCGGAGCUGGAUUUGCAUGCUGCACCAUGCCUGCUGCGACCGGGGCUGUGAUUCUCGCCCUCUCCGGGCUGCUGCUGUCCCUCCCGGCCCGCGCGGAGGUGAAGGCGCGGAGCUGCGGCGAGGUCCGCCAGGCGUACGGUGCCAAGGGCUUCAGCCUGGCGGACAUUCCCUACCAGGAGAUCGCAGGGGAACACUUACGGAUCUGUCCUCAAGAGUAUACUUGCUGUACCACGGAGAUGGAAGACAAGCUAAGCCAGCAAAGCAAGCUAGAGUUUGAAAACCUUGUCGAGGAGACGAGCCAUUUUGUACGUACCACGUUCGUGUCCAGGCACAAGAAAUUUGAUGAAUUCUUCCGAGAGCUCCUGGAGAAUGCUGAGAAGUCUCUGAACGACAUGUUCGUGCGAACCUACGGGAUGCUGUACAUGCAGAAUUCCGAAGUGUUCCAGGACCUCUUCACAGAGCUGAAAAGAUACUACACCGGGGGCAACGUGAACCUGGAGGAGAUGCUCAAUGACUUCUGGGCUCGGCUCCUUGAGCGCAUGUUCCAGCUCAUCAACCCACAGUACCACUUCAGCGAGGACUACCUGGAGUGCGUGAGCAAAUACACGGACCAGCUGAAGCCUUUCGGCGACGUGCCCCGCAAGCUGAAGAUCCAGGUGACACGCGCCUUCAUCGCUGCCCGGACGUUCGUCCAGGGCCUGACUGUGGGCAGAGAAGUUGCCAACCGAGUUUCCAAGGUCAGCCCGACCCCAGGCUGCAUCCGCGCCCUCAUGAAGAUGCUGUACUGUCCUUACUGCCGGGGGCUGCCGGCCGUCAGGCCUUGCAACAACUACUGCCUCAACGUCAUGAAGGGCUGCUUGGCCAAUCAGGCCGAUCUGGACACGGAGUGGAAUCUGUUUAUAGAUGCGAUGCUCUUGGUGGCCGAGCGACUGGAAGGACCUUUCAACAUCGAGUCGGUCAUGGACCCCAUAGACGUCAAGAUCUCCGAAGCCAUCAUGAACAUGCAGGAGAACAGCAUGCAGGUGUCGGCAAAGGUCUUCCAGGGAUGUGGCCAACCCAAACCAGCUCCAGCCCUCAGAUCUGCACGCUCGGCUCCUGAAAAUUUUAAUACACGUUUCAGGCCAUACAAUCCCGAGGAGAGACCCACGACAGCUGCAGGAACGAGCUUGGACCGGCUGGUCACAGACAUAAAAGAGAAACUGAAGCUCUCUAAAAAGGUCUGGUCGGCGUUACCCUACACCAUCUGCAAGGACGAGCGUGUGACCGCGGGCACGUCCAACCAAGAGGACUGCUGGAACGGGCACAGCAAAGCCAGAUACCUGCCUGAGAUCAUGAAUGAUGGGCUCACCAACCAGAUCAACAACCCCGAGGUGGAUGUGGACAUCACGCGGCCCGACACUUUCAUCAGGCAGCAGAUCAUGGCUCUUCGUGUAAUGACCAACAAGCUGAAGAAUGCAUACAAUGGCAAUGACGUCAACUUCCAGGACACGAGUGAUGAAUCCAGCGGCUCGGGGAGUGGCAGCGGGUGCAUGGAUGAUGUGUGCCCCACGGAGUUUGAGUUUGUCACCACAGAGGCCCCUGCAGUGGAUCCGGACCGGAGGGAAGUAGACGCCUCAGCAGCCCAGCUCGGCCACUCCCUGCUCUCGUGGUCUGUCGUCUGCAUUGUCCUGGCACUGCAGAGACUGGGCAGAUAAUCCUGGGUUUUUGAUCAGACGAAACUGCAUUUUAGCUAUUUGAACGGCCAACUCACUUCUUUUCUUACUCUCUUGGACAAUGGACCAUGCCACAAAAACUGACCGUUUUCUAGAAGAAGAGGCAGCACUGUGCUCUGCCUUGCUUUUUGUUUUCCCAAAGAGUACCGGGUGCCAGACUGGACUGCUUCCUCUUUCCUUCAGUUAUCUGUGGGGACCUUGUUUAUUCUAGAGAAUUCUUACUCAAAUCUUUCGUACCAGGAGAUUUUCUUACCUUCGUUUGCUUUUAUGCUGCAGAAGUAAAGGAAUCUCACGUUGUGAGUUUUUCUUUUCCCCAUUAACAAAAAAGUAGAAGAAAAUAAUUCUCCCUUGUAAAAUCAGGCCAAAUCCCAAGACAACUGCAUUUUCAACAAAGAAGCAAGAGAGAGAAAUAAAAGAGCUUUACCACUGAGAGUUGAGCAUUGCUAGCAACUCCCAGUCGAAGUUUCCUUUGAUAAAUGGGGUUUACAAAUGCUCAUGGGGAGAAAGUUUGGAUUUUUUUCUUAAUGCAGUGAAAACACACUGCCGUCUUGGAGGUAUUGGCUUGCACAGUAACCACGCAGACCAAACUAAUGUGGAGGUACUGACGCUAAAUUUAGCAUUCCGUUUUUAAUAGGAGAGCAAAAAUUACUACACCUCAGCGCCUCCCUCUCACCCUGCCCAAUUUCUAUUUCAGCAAUGGCACCAUUUCGUGGAUUCUCUCACGUCUGCCCACUGUAUCCAAUUGGCACCAGUUUUCCCUUCACCUUCAGUUAUUAGUGGCCACCCCAUCAGUUCAUCCUCCUCAAGAGUCUGAAUUGAAAUAAUCUUCAACAAGACAACCCCUUUGCUUUUGCCACAGGUUUGACAUUAAUUAGAUGUUUCUGCCCCUGUGCUCAUUACCCUCCCCAAGUAAGAGUUCCUUUCAGGACGGAUAAACAAUUCGAUCCAUAAGUGAGUUUUCGUUCUUUAACGAUUUGCUUUGUGUCAGUUGGUUUCGGCAUCACAAGGGCAUUCUCUUACAAAAUAACUCACAACAAAAAAAAAAAAAGGUCAAGACAAAAAAAUAUAUAUAGUAUUGACAUGGAGAUUUCUUUCACUUUUUUAGUCUUAGUAUGAUCAUCUAUUUUUAUAUCGAUAUAUAUAUAAAUCACAGAUUUUAACUUCUUAAUUCCAAGCUCAGGGUUGACACACCUUUGUAAUGAAAAUGUUUUGUCAACCAGCUCUUCUUGUUCUGUGCUGCUCGGAGACGGGGUUCCUCAAUGACCUGUGAGCACCGAGAAGCAAGAAAGAGAACUUUUUACGUAUCUAACUGUCCAUUUAUUAAAAGUUUGCCAGGGCACACCCUUUUCGCAUGGACAUGCUUUGUCCUGGGUGCCCCAGACUUACCGAGCUCAUGGGGGAGCCAUGGGGCAUGUAGGACUUUACUGGGGAUGGAAAACAUAGAUGGAAAUAACAUGGUAACCAUACAAACCAUCGCUCUCAUGUACGAUGCCUUCAGCCUAGGAUUCCUGCCCAGCAGGGGAAAUGACCUAAUUCAAGAGGCCAAUUAAGAGCCUCAGCCUAACUGAUCCACCCAGUGUGCCAAAGCCAGACCCUAGGCUCCCCUUGAUGGAGAGAAGCUAAAUAAACCAAACUGGGGCUUUAUAAAUAUAGUCGGCUAUCCAUGUGUUUCUUGGUUUUGAUGAUGCAUCUGGGGUUGGGAAAGCUGAUGUCUCAAGACACCAUCGUCCAGUCACAUUUUAAUUUACCCACUGCUGGUAAUGACACAUAAAUAGUAUUUUUCGAUCUCCACUCAUCAAAAUUAUAAUUAGUUAUUGAUUUAGUCAACACAUUUAAGUAGGACGCGUGGGGCACAAUAGUAUUAAACAUAUUUGAGCACUUUCGCAAAACUGAAAAGUAUUUUGAAGCAUCUAUUGCUAUUUUAUGCCUAACGAAAUGCAAAAUGUAAGAUCCUGAGAGAUUUUGUGGCAUCCUUUCAUGUAAAUCUAUAUGAAAUUGACACUUAAUCUAAUUGAGCAUUCCACACAUCCAAAAAUCCAUCCAUUUCACUGCCAAACGUUAAACCUUGGCUUUCCAUCACCAGUUGUACAUAAAACAUCUCGAUGAAGGAAGAAGGGUCAAUCAUUUAUGUUGCUCAUUCAUUUAUGUUCUGUUCAGAAAUCAGUAUUGUCUUUCUCCAGUAAUUAGGGUGCAAUUCAAAUUAAAUCAACCUUGAUUUUCCAGAAUAGUUGAGUAAUAAUUUGUUUAUGGCUUUAAACUCCAAGUCUUUCAUUUUUUAAAUAUUUCUGCAUUGUCUUCUAUGAAAACAGAAUGCCUUGUUUUCCCUCUGCUGUCACCCCCAAAAAGGUUUUGUGCACGUGUAUAAAUACACAUUAUAUUAAUGAAUGUGAACCCAGGUUCUGUACACACGACACACGGAGAUGAUACAUAAACUCCUGCUUCGUUGGUUUCAGCACCUUCAUUUUCAAUAUUAUUCUUACUGGUGAGCUGUAGUGAUCCUUACAAGCCAGGCAGAGAUGAUGCCACAAUAUUAAUCACUGCAUGAGUGUGGUCAACAUAUUCGAAGUGUACUUCCUGGUCUUUAUCAUCAUCCUACUAUGUCAUCUGAUUUUCACACCAAGUUAACACGAGUGUUUUUUUUCCUGCCCUAAGGGAAUUAGUUUAAUCAAGUUGCCCCAUUUUAGUAAGUGUUUUGGAAUCUCUUCCCCAUUCCCCACCCCCACCCUGCCAAAUCAAUUUCUCGGGUUUCACCAUAGCAAUGGGGUUGCAUUGAUGCUCCAUUAUUUUUCCUGACCUGCCCUCCUUUGUUUAGAUGUCUCCUAAACUGUAAUCGCAUCUUAACCUCUGUUAUGAGUAGAGAGGGUUGGGCUCACUGAAAUCGGAUGCUAGAAAUUGUUGGGUGAUGCUCAUAACUGCAAACACUUAGCUUAUUGAAGUGCCUCUAUUUACAUGUUCUUUAGUUAUAAUAUGUAUUUUUCUAACAGAAAUACACGUCUGUAAUUGGUGUAUAUUAUACUUUGUAUAUGUUAUAACAAAAAUUAAACAGAGGCUAAAGUCUUUAGCAGAGAAGAAUGAAUUGCAAAUUCAGGAAUUAGAGCCCUGCUGUUGGGUCUGUAUUGAAGGAGAGCAUGACAACCUUCAGUCAUUGAAAUGAAGUCGAUACUAUAAUUAUAGCCAUGUAGCACGACCUUAGCACUAGCAACCUGACUCCCUUACAGUGAUUCACCCAGAUAAGUAACAUGGGUUACUUACUUGCAAUGUAAGGGAUCGAAAAUACUAUUUUGUCUAUACUGAAAAACACUAUUAUUCAUUGACAAGAAGUAGUAAUUAUAACUUUAACAUUCUAUAAAUCAAACACAUUGAAAAUAUUAUUGGAUGCAGAACCCUGAUAUUUAAUUUAUAUUCCCUGCUGCAGACAUUAGCCUACUUUAAUUCUUUAGCCAUUACAUGCCUGUUUUGGCUACACACUGAACACCAACUAAAGUCGCCAGGGAGGAAUAAAAACUUAGCAAAUUCCUUGAGUUGUGAUUCCUUUAGGACUUCUCUUUGCAAGGCUAAUUAUCAGGUGGUUUGAAUAAAGGUGGAAGUGUUAGCAAACACAAGUGUUGACUUGUCCAAAACUUGCAGAAAUUCAAGCUCAUUUUCAUUUACUUACUGUCACUAACACACCUGACUUUUAACUUAAAAAAAAAAAAAGGCAGUUUAGCUUUGCCAACAGAAGAGUAAAGGAGACCAUAACUUAUAAAUUUGCAAUGUGUUCCUCCUUGUUGGAGACAUUAGCCAGUGUUUAGUUUUAGGCCAAGUUAUACAAAUAGAGUGUUGAUUUGUAUGCAUUCUGGAGCCUUGCUACUUCAUGGUUUGCUACAGUAUGGACUCAGCUUAGCGUGGGGACACUUGAGCCUCAUUCAAAGUUGAACAGUUGCUGGAAUCUUUGACAUUGCUUUGUAAAGAGGUACUUCCAUGAAGAGACACCUAAAGAUGGUAUAAUAGUGAGGUCUCUGUGUGCAUAUGCGUAAUAUAUAUGCAGGACAAUUGUGUGCACCAAUCAAACCUAAAAUUUUAUGUGACUGUCAAAAGAAUAUUAUUUGGGUUAAGAUUUUUCAUUUCUGAUUUGGAUAGAAAAUUGCUAUUAAUCU